AUGGCGCUAAUAAAUGCUUAUCGAAGACGCAUAAAGCGAGUAAAUUCGCAGCCAUUAAACGGGCAUAAAAUUCGAAGCCGGGGCCGAGGCGAAAUUGUGGGGCCGACAAAUCAAAGUACAAGCCUCAGGACCAACCUCAUUCUCCUAUUUCCCAGCCAUGACAUAAAACCAGGCAACAAUGAAACCCAAAGCGGCUCCCAAGCGAUUUCGAUGCGGGCAUUCAUCGGUCGAGCCAAGGAAUUGGCCACCCACAAGACCCAAAACCCAGAACCCAAACCCCCAGUGAACCGACCACCCUCGUCACCUCCAGCACCCCAUUUAAAGGCCCUUCCUUCGAGGCAACACUCGCUAUAUAACCAUCUUACCCAACGUUGA